AUGUCAUUAACCGAACAAAUUGUCAUAGUUGAUAAUAAUACCGAUAAUAUUAACUCUAUUUCUACUUUGGAUGAUGUUGGAGCUACUUUGAUGUUUCCAAAAAAAUAUAUGGAUAAUACUAAUUCAAUUUUAGUAAACGAUUAUGAUAACAGUAUGAAUAAAAAAGUCAAUUUAACAGCAACAACAACAAACGAGCCAAAUGAUACACAUUCAACUGGUCACUCAACUGGUCGUUCUACCCCUGAUCUAUAUGAUGCAAAUUUCCCUAGUCUUUCAUCAAAUACAUCAACUGCUUCUUCCACUUCUUCCACUACAACCAUUAAUUAUAGCAGUAUUGUUAAUAGUAACACUGACUGUGUUAGUAAAAAUGAUAGGAAUGCCAUUGUCACAGAAAAUUUGGAGUUAGCUGCAUCACAACAUAAUAAUCCUCAACAACAAAAAAGAUCCAAAAAUCAAAAAAAUCAAGCAGCAGAAAUUAUUAGACGAGUGAUGGAACGAACUAAUACAAAAAUAAAUGUAGAUCCUGGUGCGAAAAGUUCUGUUGUGACUUUUUUAAUUGAGGGAAAAGAUGAAGAUGUUGCUAAUGCAAAACGUAUUUUAAUUGAUAAACUCGGUCUUAAAGAUGAAAUUACUAUUCAGGUUCCUGCAUCAGCCCGUUCUCAUUUAUUGGGACCUCGUGGUACAACCCUAAAGUCAAUCACUAAUUCAACUGGUGCACGCAUCACACUGCCACCACGUUCUAAAAAUCCAAGAGAAGAAAUGAGAAAGUCUGAAUUGGAUUACGACGAGGAUGAGGAAAUGAUGAAUGUGACAAUUUUUGGUGAGAUGUGUGCUGUUUGUAAAGCAAAAGUUGAAAUUCAAGACCUUAUAAAAUCUAUGUGUGCAACUAAAAGGACACAUUAUAUUAAACACAUCGAAAGUAAAUUUUAUCCAUUGAUUGCUGGCGCACAUAAUCAACGUAUUAAUCAGCUUGGUCUUGAUACUGGUACAAAAAUUCAUGUCCCUUCUUACAACCCUACCAAUUCCAACAACACAUUCAUUGAUGCAGACAAAAAUUAUAUUGUUAUUACUGGUGAAAGAAAUUCAGUUAAGAUUGCAAGCGAAAUGAUUGAAGACCGUUAUGAAGAUUUGAAAAUUAAUACACGUACUCUUAAAUUCGAGAUUCCAAAACGUCAACAUAAAUAUUUAAUUGGUCCAAAGGGUGCAACUCUUCAAGAAAUUCUUGAAACAACAGGUUGUAUACUAGAAUUACCACCGGCAACUGAUCCAUCAGCGAACGUAACAAUUCACGGACCACAAAACCAAUUAGCAGAUGCUAUAAAAACUGUAAUGAAAAAAGCAAACUCUAUGCAUGUUCAAAUACUUGAUAUUACUGACCUUCAUCACACGGAAAAUCCAAUGAAACAUUCUAUUAAUAUUUUGAAAUAUUUGUGGAAUAGAAGCAAGUUGAAGAACGUUGAAUCUAAAACUGGCGUAAAAAUUGUUACUCCAAAGAUUACAGCAUCAGCAGAAACAGAAAUGAAGAAUUUGGUUAUGGAAUUUGUGAGUAAAGUACCUGAAGAUGUAGAAAAUGCUAGAAAAGAAAUCACCGAAAUAAUCAAAAACUUGCCACCUAGUUAUUUUGAUGUGGUAGAAAUUAAUCCAAAAUUUCAUCGACAUGUAAUUGGUCGUAAAGGACAAAAUUUACAAAGAGUCAAAGAUGCUUAUGGUGUUGAAAUAAUAGUUCCUGAUGAGAAAGAAGCCAAUCCCGAGAUAUUGAUAGUUUUUGAGGGUAGAAAAGGUGUCAAGGAAUUUUCUGAUAGAAAGAAAAAAGAACUUUACAUUAAGGAAAUAAUGGAAAAAGUGAAAAAUGAAUUGUUAAAAGUGGAACGUGAUUCGUCAUCGGAUUUUUCUACUCAGACAUUAGUUGUUCCUGUCAAGUAUCAUCGGCAUAUUAUUGGACCUAAAGGGAUUAAUUUGAAUGCGAUUAUUCAUAAUGAUAAUGGUAGUGGAUGUUCAUCUGUUUCAGUAAAAUUUGGGUCAUCUAAAUAUUCAGGUGUAGAUGAUCGAUCGUCAAAUGCACAAGAAGUUUCAGAUGAUUCUAUUAUAGUUAAAGGACCUGUUAAAGAAGUUGAAAGAAUAGUUGAAGAAAUUAAUGAAAAAGUAGAAGAUAUUAAACGUGUUGAGAAUAUGAAAUCGUUUACGGCAGAAUUUACAAUUCCGGCGAUUUACUCCUCACAUAUUAUUGGUAAAGGAGGGAGUAAAAUAAAAUUUAUCAGAGAGAAUUACAACGUCAGGAUAGAUAUAGAUAACAAGAAUGUCAAUAAAAGCAACAGUGGUAACGAAGAAGAUGAGACUGUUAAUGUUAAAAUAGUUGGGAUGAAAGUUUAUGUUGAGGAGGCUAGGAGUCGAAUUCUAGACACGAUUGACAAAUUACAAGAAGAAAAUGUUGUUUGUGUGAAUAUUUCACCACAUUAUCAUGCUUCAUUGAUUGGUGCCAAAGGUAAAACGGUUAGAAAUCUAGAAGUGAAACACGGUGUACGUAUUAAAUUUCCAAGAAAUAAGAAUUACAAGAAUCAUCCUACCAUCACUCCUAAAGAUUUAGGUUUAGACCCAGAUGUAGAAAAAUCUGAUGAAGUAUUAAUAAUCGGUGGUAAAAGAGGAGUUAGUGAGGCUAGAACAGAAUUGCUGGAUCUUUUACACUACGCGCAAGAUCAUGAUAAUAUUCUCAGUUUCACUAUUCCAGCCAAAUGUUUGCCACAUGUUGUUGGCAAGAACGGAAGAAGAAUCAAAGAGAUUAAGACUGACACAUUUACAAAGAUUUAUAUUAGUAAACCAAUAACUUUGAAUGUUGAUGACAGCAAUGAUGAUAAUAAUAAUAAGCUAUAUGAGCAAGUUGUUAGAGUAAAUGUGCGUGGUAAUAAAAGGGAUAAUAUCAAGGCCCAGAACAAGAUUUUGGAGAUUGUUGAAGAAUUUGAAAAACAAACAACAAUCAUUAUGAAUAUUGAUCCUAAACAUCACAAGUUUUUGAUCGGACCUGGUGGUAAUCGUAUUAAAGAGGUUAUAGCAAAAGCUGGUGGACCAGAGGAUAAAAGUUCUCAGGCCGGGAUUGUUAAGUUUCCUCGACUUGAUGAUGGUGGUAGUAGAAUCAAUGAGGUUGUAAUUAAAGGAAGUGAAGAACUUGUGAAAAAAAUUAAAGAAGAAUUUGAAAUUUUAAUCGAAGAACAAGAAAAUUUAAUUAUCGAUAUUAUUAAGGUUCCCAGAAAUGAACAUUCAGUUAUUAUAGGCAGGAAUGGGUCCCAACUUCAUAAUAUUCAAAAUAAAUUUAAUGUUGAGCUUUAUUUCCCUGGUUCACGCUCAUAUAAUCAAAUAACAGUGACACAAAAAAUUGAACAACAGCAUGAAGAUUUGAUAGAUAAUAAUGAUUUAGUAAAAAUAGUGGGGAAAGUUGAAGACAUUAAACUUGCCAAAGAAGAAAUAUUAUCAAAACUUCGAUAUGAAUAUGUGUUCAAAUUCCCAUGUAAAUUCUACAGUAUAAUUAAUAAUAACGGAUUUACAUCGAGAAAAUUAAGAAAUGAGUACCAUGUAAUGGUAGAAGAGGAGGAAGAAGAUAGUGACGAUGAAUUCGAUGUUAAUGAAUGUACUGGAUAUUUAUCAAUUCCUCAAAUGUAUCAUGGACAUAUUAUUGGACGUAGAGGAUCAACUAUUUCACAUAUUAGAGCAGAGAGUCGAUGUAAGAUUGAUGUUCUCAAAGUUAACGGUGAUGAUAUGAUUGUAAUCAUUGGAAGCAAAGAAAAUAUUAUGAUAGCUAAAAAUAUGAUAUUUGAAGUAUUAAUUAACUUGAAAAAAGAACAAAAUAGUAGAAAAUCUUAA